AUGUUAUGUAUCAACCUCCCCUCCUUUCUUUCUUUAGCUUUCCUAAAAAAAACCUCCCCUCCCACCCCUUUGUGUAAAGACGCCACUAUUUCAAAAAAACUCUCUGUUCAUAUGUAUAUACAUAUCGCUCUUUUCAUUUUUCCCCAUUCCUAUAAAAAGAACCCUGAUUUACACACAUACUUUUUAUUUAUUUAUUUGAGUUGGAGUUUAGGUGAUCUUAUCACACAGCGAUGGGUUACAGCGAUAAAAAGACCAAAAAAACGAGCGAUUACCAAAAGGACUUAA